GAUCACCAAAUUCUUAUAUACUUGGUGAUAGUGGUUAUGUGAAUACUGAUUGGCUUCUUGUACUAUAUCGUGAUAAUAGACAUCUUACAAUAAUACAACAAUAUUAUAAUUAUAUGCAUUCAGCAACUCAUAUUAGAAUUGAACAAGCCUUUG